AUGUCAAGAAGAGGCUUACGAGAUGAAGAAAUCGAACGAUUAUUGUGUGAAAUUCCAUCAGACGAGGAUUCCACUGUUGACACCACAGAUGACGAAUCUGAUUAUGAAGCAAGCAUUGUUGCGGAGGCUAUUGUGUCGUCUGAAGGCGAAGUUUCAGAGAGCGAGGAAGAAAGUGAGUCCACUCCGCCAAAACGCGCUGCUGACACAGCGCCAACUUGGGGACAACAAUUCAAUGCUACCUCAGGAAUGCAGUUCGACAGUGAAUCAGGACCAAGUGCUUUUAUUAGGGACAUUGAUGAUCCAGAACCUAUCGAUAUAUUCGAAAAAAUAUUUCCAAAAGAGCUAGUUGAGCUAAUCGUUUUCCAAACAAAUUUAUAUGCGACGCAAUCUGGCAAGUCUUUCACUCCAACAACUGACAAUGAAAUACGAACUUUCCUGGGAAUCAACAUUUUGAUGGGUAUAAAGCGUAUGCCAGCAUACAGAGACUACUGGUCUAGUGCCCCAGAACUUCAUGAUCGUUAUAUUGCAUCUCUGAUGGCAGUAAAUCGGUUUGGAUGGUUACUGAGGAACAUUCAUCUGAAUGAUAACACAUUGCAUCCAGAAAAAGGACACCCAGGUUAUGACAAACUGUACAAGCUGCGACCAGUGAUCAAGAUACUAUCUGAAUCUUUUUCCAAGUGUUACCAACCCAGCAAACACCUAGCAAUUGAUGAGUCAAUGAUCAAAUUCAAAGGCCGCAACAGUAUGAAACAAUACAUGAGAGAUAAACCCAUAAAGCGUGGUUACAAAGUGUGGAUGCUGUGUGACAAGACCUCUUACAACUUGAAAUUUGAUAUUUACACCGGAAAAGUAGGUGACACAGUGCAAACAGGCCUUGGGGAGCAUGUAGUGCUGAGUUUGUCCUCUGAACUCGUAAAUAAAGGCCAUUAUCUUUAUUUCGACAACUAUUUCAAUAGCUAUAACUUGUUGGCUGGUUUACAGCAGAGAAACAUAUAUGCCUGUGGGACAGUUCAACCAACAAGGAAACAUUUACCCAAAUUAAAAACAGACAAAGAAUUAAGCAGAGGUGAAUUUGACUGGAGGGUCAGCAACUGUGGCAUCCUCUACUUGAAGUGGAAAGAUAAGAGAGCUGUUCAUCUCCUUUCAAAUUUUCACAGUCCUGAAGUUACUACAGUGACUCGCCGUGAAAGAGAUGGUUCACGCAUAGAGCUACCUUGUCCUCAAGCAGUGAUGGAUUACAAUGCACACAUGAACAAUGUCGACAAGUUCGACCAACUGAAAAAAUCAUAUGAAAUAAGCCGGAGAAUUGCCGACCCCGCAGAUCCAGUUUCCGCGCCCACGACGAUGAAGCCUCCAUCGGAACCGUCGCCGUGCUCGGCAGCAGCGACCACGUCUGCAUUCCAGCCAUGUGAGGAAGGAGAGCAUCAGCAAAUCGUUUCAAGCUCAGACACAGAGAUGCGAGAGGUGUCUGCUGUUUGCCAUCAACCACAGGAUGCGGACACGCAUUCCCGCAAGCAGAAGUCGCCCAAGGAACGAAAGAAGAGGAGGCUGUCUGCAGGAAAUUGUUCUUGA